AGUUUUUACUGUAACACAUGAGAUGCUGUCAAAGCAGGAAGUGUGCGCGGAUUUUGUCAUUGAUCGCGGCUUUUCUACUGUAUCUGUUACUAAUGUUAACAACAAACGAGAUUAUCUGCAUGUGCUGACUUUAUACAGUAAAAGCCACAAAGCAUGCUAAAUUCACUCUGGAACAGAGGACGUCCAGACACAAACCACACUAAUGCUGAUGAUCAGUCCGAGAAUGGCUUCGGGAAUGCAAGAGAAACAGUACACCCCAUCACUUCUCAGCUUUUUCGUCUAUAAUCCUUCAUUUGGGUCACGAGAGGGAGAGGAGGAGAAGAAGAUUUUAUUCUACCAUCCCAGUGAGGUCGAGAAGAAUGAGAAGAUCCGUAAUGUCGGUCUUUGUGAGGCCAUUGUACAGUUUACCAGAACCUUCUGUCCAACAAAGCCUGCUAAAUCCCUACACACACAGAAGAACAGGCAGUUCUUCUUUGAAGCAGAGGACAGUUUCUGGAUCGUUAUGGUGGUGCGGAACCCGAUGGUAGAAAAACCUAAUAAAGAUGGGAGACCUCCCACAAUAGAAUAUCAGGAAGAGGAAAUACUUGACACAGUUUACGGUGCAGUAUUACGGGAAUGCUACAGUAUGUACAAGCUCUUCAACGGCACAUUUGGCAGAGCAAUGGAAGCAGGCGGGGUGGAGCUGCUCAUGCAGAAGCUUGACAAGUUCUUUUACAGGUACCUGCAGACGCUGCACCUGCAGUCCUGUGACCUGCUGGACGUGUUCGGUGGGAUUGCCUUUUUCCCCCUGGACAAGAUGACCUACCUGAAGAUCCAGUCAUUCGUAAACAGAGUGGAGGAGAGCCUCAGCCUGAUCAAAUACACAGCCUUCCUCUACAACGACCAGCUGAUAUGGAGUGGUCUGGAGCAGGAUGAUAUGCGGAUCCUGUACAAGUACCUGACGACGUCACUGUUCCCCAGACACUCUGAACCAGAGCUGGCUGGUAGGGACUCUCCCUUAAGGCCAGAGGUGGCAGGGAAUCUGCUUCACUAUGGGAGGUUUUUGACAGGACCUGCUAACCUCAAAGACCCAGAGGCCAAAUUCCGGUUCCCUAGAAUAUUUGUCAACACAGAGGACAGUUAUGAGGAGCUGCAUCUGAUAGUUUAUAAGGCGAUGAGUGCAGCAGUUUGUUUUAUGAUCAGUGCAUCUGUGGAGCUGACGAGGGAGUUCUGUGAGCAGCUGGAUGGUCUGGUGGGACCUCAGCUCACCCUGCUGGCCUCCGACAUAUGUGAACAAUACAAUGUCAACCGCAGGAUAUCAGGGCCGGACAAGGAGCCCCAGUUCAAGUUCAUCUACUUCAACCACAUGAACCUGGCAGAGAAGAGCACCAUCCACAUGAGGAAGACAGCCAGCGUCUCUCUGACCUCGGUCCACCCAGACCUCAUGAAGAUUCUGGGAGACAUCAACUGUGACUUCGCCAGGGUUGAUGAAGAUGAAGAGAUCAUUGUGAAGGCUAUGACAGACUACUGGGUGGUCGGCAAGAAGUCGGACCAGAGAGAACUCUACGUUAUCUUGAACCAGAAGAAUGCCAAUUUGAUUGAAGUUAAUGAGGAAGUGAAGAGGCUCUGUGCGACACAGUUCAACAACAUUUUCUUCUUGGACUGAAAGAAAUAAAGAAAAGAAAGAACUGCACGAAGAAGAGGGAGAGAAAGAGAGACGGUGAGAGGGCAAUGGACUGUUUCACCACACUAAA